AUGUCUAUUGGACUGCAGAUGCUUGCCAUGACCUUGGGUACUCUGGGCUGGUUGGGUGCCGUAGUGUCCUGUGCCUUGCCCCUAUGGCGUGUGACUGCUUUCAUUGGGAAUAACAUAGUGACAGCACAGAUCAUGUGGGAAGGCCUGUGGAUGAGCUGUGUCGUGCAAAGCACAGGUCAAAUGCAGUGUAAAGUCUACGACUCCAUGUUGGCUUUACCACGUGAUCUUCAGGCUUCUCGAGCUGUCUCGAUCAUUGCUCUCCUGGUUGCUGUAGUUGCCAUUUUUGCCAGCAUUGCUGGUGGGAAGUGCACCAAUUGCCUGGCUGAAGGUUCUGCCAAGACCCGGGUUGCCAUAGCAGCAGGUGUCAUGUUCCUGGUAGCUGGGAUUCUUGGAUUGAUCCCACCAAGCUGGACUGCCCAUAGGGUCAUAGGAGACUUCUACAACCCACUGGUGCCUCAAUCUCAAAAACGGGAGCUGGGUGCGGCUGUCUUCAUCGGCUGGGGAGCUGCUAGUCUCAUGGUCAUCGGAGGAGGGCUCCUCUGUAGCUCAUGCCCCAGUGGAAGAGGGGGGAAUGCACACCAAUACAAACCAGCAUCACAAACCAGUCGAGAACGCACUGCUUACGUCUGA